UUGAUGCGAUUACCCCUUCCUACAUCUGCUUGGAAACCAGCAUCGCCCUGACUAGUAGAACAGCUGAUCGCCGUGUCAAAGGUCACCGUUGCAAUCAUGGCGCUGCUCAGGGUCGCCGCGCGAGGGAAGGAGCUCGUCCCGGGGAUUUUCAGACAAAGCGCCUCUCCUGCAAUCCAGGUUCUGGGACAGAAGAGUUGGGACAGACACAUGAGUGGCCAUGUGUCCAUGGUUGGUCGGAACUUCCUGACGCUGAAAGACUUCUCGCCAUCGGAGAUUGAGCAGCUCCUGUGGACAGCAGCCGACCUGAAGGCCAGGAUCAAGGGCACGGGAGAGCUUUAUACACCACUAGUGGGCAAAUCUGCUGGACUGAUAUUCCAGAAGAGAAGCACCAGAACCAGGCUGUCUACUGAGACAGGUGUUGGUCUGCUGGGUGGACAGCCGUGUUUCCUGUCUCCAGAUGACAUCCAUCUCGGAGUGAAUGAAACCAUCAAAGACUCAGCUAAGGUGUUGUCCGGGUUUUUGGACCUGAUCCUGGCCAGAGUGUAUGGCCAUGAGGACCUGGAGUCCUUAGCUACAGAAGGGAGUGUUCCUAUAGUUAAUGGCCUGUCUGAACUCUAUCAUCCACUACAGAUUUUAGCAGACAUGCAAACACUACAGGACCAUUUUGGUAACCUGAGAGGCUUGACUGUGGCCUGGGUGGGAGAUGGGAACAACAUCAUCCACUCCUUCAUGAUGGGAGCGCCCAAACUCGGUGUCAACCUCAAAAUUGCGACUCCAAAGGGUUAUGAGACCUACCCAAAUGUGACCAAAGAUGCAGAGGAGCUUGCCAAACAGUAUGGGACACAGAUGUACCAUACCAACGACCCCAGGGAUGCAUGUGAAGGUGCUAACGUCCUGGUGACAGACACCUGGAUCAGUAUGGGGCAGGAGGAGGAGAAACAGGAGAGACUCAAGGCUUUCCAGGGGUACCAGGUCACCCACAAGCUGGGUGAGGUGGCUGCUAAGGACUGGGUGUUUCUGCACUGCCUGCCCAGGAAACAGGAGGAAGUGGACGAUGCCGUGUUCUACAGCGAGCGGUCACUUGUCUGGCCGGAGGCCGAGAACAGGAAGUGGACAGUGAUGGCCGUCAUCCUAUCGCUUCUAAAGGACCAUGUCUGCACAACCCCCAAGCCAGACUUUUGAGUGUGACAACAGCGCCCCCUGUGGGAAAUGCUCAGCACAACAGUUAUAAGCUGGAGAUGCAAACAUAAUCAAUGUGGUGUGAUGUAACAAAUAGAACAAAAUCUAGAUGAAAAAACUCAAACCUUCUCCCUAGAAGUACAAUGUUUUGGGCAAAGCCGUCUGAAAAUUCAAGUCAAAUUAAAAUACCUGACUAGCCUGCGGUAUUUUUCCCCACCAUCUUUUGUUUUAAUUCUGUGUUUUCCCAUCAAAUGGGAAAAUGAGCAUGGAAUCUUUUAUGAUUGCAUGAUGCAAGUUCUAAUCAGAAUGGAAUUUUUGACAUUAUUUCCUCAAUCAUGAUCUGGCCAUGCAUGUAACAGAAAUGCAAAGUGGUGCAAAAUCUGGGUACAUCUUUAUGUAAAAUACUUCAACCUAGGUACAAAAUGACAUCCUCUUAUUUUGCCCAUGUUCACCAACCUUUAUAGCAAUAAGCCAGUUUACAGUUUACUAGUAUACUGCAUAUGUAUGAUGUCAAAGAUUAUUUUGUAUACCAUGCUUGAUACAUGUCCAGGCACAUUUUUAUUAUGUCUCACGGGCCUAAGAAUCAACUUUGACAUACUACCCACAAUGCAAGUUUAUAUGACUGUAUGUAUACUGGGACUAAAAACAUCCACACAGUUUGCAUCAUGGCAGGUGAUUGCUGAAUUGGUUUGUAUCACAGCAUGUAAUUGGUUAGUUCAAGAUGAUGGUGGCAAUAGUCGAGAAUAUGAUUAGCUACUUUUUUUAAUAUAACAUGAAAACAUUCAGCCAAAUGCAUUUUUCACUUCUCCAAGAAUGUAAUGCAUGUUAUCCUGAAUAUUGAUGAAAAAAACAACUAUUAAUUUUCUACUGCAAGUUUAUUUUCUUUACUCUGAAUGACAAAAUUCACUGUUUAGUGGACACAACCAAUAGUUUUACAAUAGGGGCCAAUGUAGUCUGAAAAAAAACUGUCUGAAACUCCAAAACUGUACUCUAUGUAGAUGUACUUAAUGUGCCAUUUCAAAAAGCUGCAAGGGUGCUCCCCACAAACAGUUAUCUGUCAAAUUUAUUGUCAAAUCCAUGACAAUGUUUUGCUGCAAUGGGAAAAUCAUACAUGGUAUUAUCAUCUGUCUAGUACUCUUUUUGAUGUCCAGACUUGUAAGGUGUGUGUUAUGCCAUUAGGUAUAUUAUGUGUGAUGUACUAAUAAAGAAACUGUUGCAAUAUGAA